CUUCCUCCAGCUUCGCCGUCUUCUCUCUCCUCCUUAUAAAACCCCCUAUCACGGUGUCGAGAUCUUUCUCCGCCCCGAUUUUCUCUCUCUAUUGUCUUUUUCUCUCCUCUUUUAUUUUUGCGUCUUUCCCUUUUCCAGGGGGAGUCAAUCUCUCUCCCCCUAAAUCCCGCGGAAACCCUAACAAUGGCGGAUGAAACCUCUGGAAAAACCCUAGUUUCUACUCCAUCACUCCCAGAUCAACCUCAAUUGAACGAUUCGCUGGUGGUUGAAUCCGUCUCCACCGAAGAUGCUUCCACCGUAUCCGCCGCCGAUGCUUCUACCGUCUCCGCGGCCGAUGUUUCCAUCGUCUCCGCCGAUGAAGACUCAGGCUCGUUGUCUCGGAACUCGUCGUUUAGUAAACUGAACGCAAAAGCGCCGGAGUUUGUGCCGAAGAAGACUCAUCCUUCGCCGCCAAGUUCCGUUACUGGUUGUAGUGGUGAUCCUAGAGUGAUGAUCAUUUCUCCGUCUCCUUCCCCGCCUCCGGGGUUGGUUCAUGGUUAUCCUCCGCCGCCUCCGCCGCAGGUCAACUUGCCGUUUCCGGUGGUUCCUUUGCCUCCCUUGAAUCAUCACCAUCAUCAGACUCAGCAGCAGCAGCAGAAUCAUCAUCAACAUCAUAAUCAGAAUCAUCAUGAUCAUCCACAUCAUAAUCAUCGGAAUGAUUCGCAUCGGAACCAUCAUCAGAAGCAUCAUCGCGGUGGGGAUCAGCAGGAGGGAGUGGGGCAGCAGGAUAAGGAUCAUGGACAGGGUAAUAAUAGUGGUGCAAAAAAUAAUAAUGGCUUGUCCGACAAUCAGAAACUCAUCAAUCAGGUGGAGUAUUACUUCAGUGAUGUGAACCUGGCUACUACUGAUCAUUUAAUAAGGUUCAUCAACAAGGAUUCCGAAGGAUUCGUGCCGAUAUCUGUGGUUGCGUCUUUUAAGAAGAUUAAGGCUCUCAUAAACAGUAAUUCUCAGCUUGCAGCUAUACUAAGGAAUUCAACAAAGCUUGUAGUUAGUGAAGAUGGGAAGAAAGUGAAGCGCUUGCAUCCUCUAACUGGGUCUGAUAUGGAAGAGCUGCAAGCUCGAAUUAUCGUGGCUGAGAAUUUACCUGACGAUCAUUGUCACCAGAAACUUAUGAAGGUUUUUUCGGCUGUGGGGAGUGUGAAGAGUAUUCGUACCUGUCAGCCCCAACCUUCCAACAAUGGUACUUCCUCUGCAUCUAGGCCGUCAAAAACUGAUAAUAUGCUCUACUGCAACAAGUUGCAUGCGUUUGUGGAAUACGAAUCAGUUGAGCUGGCUGAGAAAGCGAUUGCUGAGCUGAAUGAUGAGGGUAACUGGAGGAAUGGCUUAAGAGUUCGCUCACUGCUUAAGCCCGGGUCUAAGGCUGCACCAGCACGAGGAAAGAAAUCUGGGAAUGAAGGUGAAGUGACAUGUGAAGAAGAGGAUGUAUCCACAUCUGAGCAGAACCAGAAUGAGAAACAAUCAGAAAACCUUUCCAAACAGUCUGAUGUCCAAGCUUAUGAGCAGGGAGAAGAGCAAAGCUUGGAAAAAGAUGGUGGGCAAAAAAAGAGCCGGAAUCGGGGUCGCGGAAAGGGUCGUGGAAGGGGUCAUCAUCAGAAUAAUAGGGGGCACCACGUGGGGUCCCCCCCUGUGAACAAUUUUAUGAACGGCGAGCACCCUGUUGUAGCAAAGCAGCAGCCUCCUGGACCUCGUAUGCCUGAUGGAACCAGAGGGUUUUCCAUGGGCAGAGGGAAGCCAAUUGCAGUCAACAUAACAGCUUAAAAAAUAAGUCUCCUUCCCCCACAUAUGAUUAUUGAGUUGUUCAGUUUCGUGUGCUUCUGAUGUCUGAUGUCUGUGUGCUGAGUGUUGGGUGCUUGUGAAAGGGGAGUUUUGCCGCUCUCUUUAUGAGUUAAUGGCAGGGUUGUAGAGCAAACUAUUAGUUUGUCUUUUAAUCCUAUAUAGUGCUUUUGAGUGCCAUUUGCUUCCAGCAAAAGAUGAUGUCGAAAAUGUAUUGUGCCUAUUUGUUCUUAUGAAAAAAAGAAAGUAAGAUGUAGAAAGCAAAACCAAGAACCUCGGAUUAUAUACGUGUAGAGAUGUGAAUGAAGAACUUGCAAAUGAAAUAUGCAAUUCAUGUA